AUGUCUCUCCACGCGCCCGACACUUCGACGGCCCAGGCUGAGGUAGUCUUCGCCGAUGAUGCCGACCCUUUCACCCCGAAACCCUUAAUUAGCGACCUCUUACGAACGCGCUACUGCAUCCCCGACUCGGUAUUCCUCGUCGAGAGUAUUGAAACGCUUCCCGUGGCCCAAUCGAAACGAUGGAAGGCAGUGAGACUGUUACUGGGUGACGGACAGCUUUGCAUACAGGCGCUGUUGCGUAGGGAAAUGCAUCGCUUUCUCGAUAUUGGGGCUGUGAGAGUCGGAUGCUACGUCCGCUUGGGGGAGUGUUCUGUUCACUUCCAGAAUGUUGUCGCCGAGGACAACGGAGUUGCGCGAACGCGGCAGAUGAUUUAUCUUAUCGUUGGUGAUAUGGUCACCGUUGGGUGGCAUCGCGCACUCACAGAGCCCGACUCAAUUCCACAACGGCGUCAGGCACAUGUGCAAGAGGAUGAAUUCAUCUCCGACAGCGAUUUAGACAUUGACGACCUGAAACGAUUGGAGCUCCCUACCAAGACGCCAGAGCCCGUCAAGCAUCUGGAUUUGAAGCCACCAUCAACACCCGGGCUGAGAACAGCUCGAGGGGCUGGUCUUGAAGAGACCAAUCAUUUGGACAAACAGGAACAGGAGCGCGACUACGAGGACGACGAGGAUGCCGAGGAGGAGUUUGAAGUUAUGCAGGUGUCAGAAACAAAAGCUACACAGCUAAGAGCCCAGGCGAAUGACCUCGGCCCACCCGUUGCCCUUCCACGCGACUGGACAGACCCUACCAUCCCGCUCAAGUUAACAGCCUUGAAGUCCAUACCGAACUUACCCUAUAAGCAGAACUGGUCUGUCAACGUCCUUGCCGUCGUCAUCUCGCUAUCGGACGUCGAGCCUUCCCACAUGCCUCCACAUACACAGAGAACCGCUCGGCUCGUCGACCCAAGUACCAGCAAGCAAGUUAUCUUGACAGUCUUCCUCGACGCAGAAGAGUUCUGCCCCAAGAUUGGCAGCGUAGUUUUGCUCGUGGGUGUAAAGAACCACCGCUUCGAUGGUGGUUGUCUCAAGAAAUAUGUUAGCGACCGCCCUAAGUCCGGCAACAGGUGGUGGUUCGAAGAGCCUCGGCAGUUUGAGUGGUGCGACGUGGACGGCUUAAAGGCCUGGUGGGAACAGAAGCAAAUGCAGGGUCUAGGCCUCGAAAACACAUGA